AUGGACAUUGACAUCGUUAAUGAUUAUAUAAAGAAGUACAAAGUGGGACCGUUAUUUAUUCGACGGCUGUUCUUUGUGGUAGGAAAAUACUCCGAGGAUGCAAGAAUCGUUGUGGUGGUGAAGAGAUUACUUGAGCUUAUAUUAACUUCAGAUUCAUAUUACAGGCUGUUCAACGGUAUACCAGUAUUGAUUGAAGUUCUUAAUCGUCAUGGCGAGACGCAGGCUGCAUUUCACUACAUAGAUCUAUACAGAUCUCUAGCCGAGCCUUAUUUAGUGGCCGAUCUCAACAGUCAAAUGGCAUUGGUUAAUAAGAAAUACGAUGGGGAUAUUUCAAAUUAUACCAGUAAGCAAGUUAAUCAGGAAAACUUCAACUCGUUAACAGAGUUAUUGAAGAGGAAAUCUCUUGAUUUGUUGAUGUCUACAGGAUCCAGUGAAUAUCUCAGCGAUAACACCAGCUUUUACUAUAACAUCAAUCCUCAGUACUUAGAGUAUUACAAAAGAGUAUCUUUGAAGGAGUUUGAAGAUUACAUGGUUUAUAGAAACUAUAAUAACUCUUUAGGAUUAGCUCGUGGAUUCUUGGCUCGGAAAUUGGAGCAAAUCCUGGCUUAUGAUAAGGAGAGAGAACCGGAGGGUGAGGAAAAUGAUGAAGAAUUGACAGACACACGAUCAACUGGGUCACCAGAUAUGUUGGACAAGGAUGAAUUGGUUUUGAACAGUAAUUCUGUGAUUACUGCUGCAAAAUUGUCCCAACCUGAAAUUGUCAGCUACUUCCGGUGUAGGUGGUAUCUUAUCUAUGCUUCCUCCCUGAAUAAUGACUACAAAGGAGUGAUGAGUGAUUUUGAUAAGAUUGUUGAGGAGAACUGUUUAGGAAACUUGGGGGUAUCGGCCUCGCAAGUUUUGUCGGAGCAAUUCAGUAAUGAGCUUGUUCUGAGCGUCAACUUGCUCCGUAUCAUAUGUUUAUCAGUUCUCAUAGUGAAGAGGAGUUCGGAGUUGGUUCGUUAUUGGAAGAUUCCUCUACUCAAGAGUGCCAUUCUAUCGGAUCCUCUACUAAAUGGUCUUAUAAAAAGCUAUUCAUCUUGUAAGUUUGAUCAGUCUUUGAAAAUACUGGCAAAGAUGGAUGAGGAGUAUCGUUAUGACUAUCAGAUAUCCACUAUAUUCCCGGACAUGCAGAGAAUCCUUCGGUACAAGGCUUAUAUAACUUAUCUUUCUUUGGUGAUGAGAGUGAGUGUAGAGCACAUGGCGGGCAUGUUCGGUGUGGAUGUUAAUGUACUUUAUGAUGAGUUGGUGAUGGUGAUCGACAUGUUUGGACUUCAAUUCAAGAUGGAUGUGACCAACAGGAUAGUUGAAUUCUCUCCAAGCUCGUCGCGGCUCCACAAAAUGGGACAAGAGCUCGAAGCCAUUGAUGAAGAGGUGAAGAUAGGUUCGAGAUCUCUGGAAGUGAAUUCGAUAGUUCAAGGGACCUUUCCGGAAAAGGAUAAUUGA